UAGUGUAAUGUUUUCUAAAUUUAGGAUAACUUGGACAAAUUUUGGGUGUUUAUCUUUAUUGUUAAAAAAUCUUUAAUUUUAAUAUAAUUGGACAUUCACAAAUGUGAACUACAACUGCUAUUACUACUAGUGUUAACAAAUUAAGUAACCUUAGAAUAAAGAAAAACUAGAAGAUAAAAAAGAACAGAAAAAGAAGAAAAAAAAAAGAGAGGAUAGAAUUUUUCGUUAUUGACUUUAAAAAAGAAAAAGAAAAGAAAAAAGUCCUGAAUCUCUACUCAAAUUAAGUAACCUUGGAACCUUUAGUUUGUACAAGCCUUACAAGCCAAGCUACUCAUUUAAAACACACUUUGCCUAAACACUAUGCCUAUGGGACACUCUAUACAAUAUAGUACUAUACUCUGCACGACACAAGGAGCUCUCACUUUCAUUUCAUUGCUACCUCUGCUGAUUUUUAUUUUUUGCUUCUCAUCUUUAACCACACUUUCUUUCAUGCAUAUCCAUUCCUGUCUCUGUCAUUUUCCUACUUCCCAACUCCUCAGAUUGUCAUUUGCUAUACCUUAAUAUCAAGACGACAAUAACAAACUCUAACGAUGUUGAACACAAUGCUUCCUCUCCCCAUUCUUGAUUUCAAGGAUCUCCAGAACAACCUUGUCGCCCAUUACAGGCCUUGGCAACGCUCCUUACAGUUUUGGAUCCGAGCUGUUGAUAUCUAUACUGGCUACAAGGUGUUUCAGGUUCGAGUGAGUUUGGUCAAGGAUGCACAGAAACAGGAGGAAAUGUGGGAGAUGCAGCAUGAAGUUGCGGCUGAGAAGAUAUAUUCUAUGUGUGCUGACCUUGGCGGCGUCUUUCAUAAAGUUGCUCAAAUCAUUGGGAAGCCGGACUUGGCUCCCACUGCAUGGGUGAGAAGGCUUGUUACACUGUGUGAUCAAGCUCCUGCAACUUCGUUUGAUGUAGUCAGACAUGUGCUGGAAAAGGAGUUUGGCCGAAAUGUUUGGGAUCUGUUUGAAAGAUUUGAUGAGUACCCUCUUGGUUCGGCCUCAAUUGCACAGGUCCAUCGAGCAAGAUUGAGAGGCGAUAAAAGCGAUGUUGUCGUCAAGGUGCAACAUCCUGGAGUUCAGGACCUGAUGAUGACAGAUAUCCGUAACAUACAAGCUUUUGCAUUGUAUAUGCAAAAGACAGAUAUAAAAUUUGAUGUCUAUUCUGUGACAAAGGAAAUGGAUAAGCAGAUUGGAUGUGAAUUUGACUUCACGAGGGAGGCUAAUGCUAUGGAAAAAAUUCGACGGUUUCUGUAUGAGAGCAACAAAAAGACUCCUGUUGUAGUGCCACGAGUGUUGAAAGACAUGGUUACUAGGAUGGUUUUAGUCAUGGAAUACAUAGAUGGAGUCCCAAUCCUUAAUCUCAGUGAUGAAAUAGCAAAAAGUGGCAUAAAUCCCAAUGGUAACAUUGCAGCAGCAGCAAAGCAGAAAAUUCUGAACAGUUUAACGCUAGCAUAUGGACAAAUGAUUCUGAAGAGUGGUUUCUUCCAUGCAGAUCCUCAUCCCGGAAAUAUCUUGAUAUGUAAAGGUUCAGAGGUUGCCUUGCUAGACUAUGGACAAGUAAAGGAUCUCCCCGAUGCUUUGAGGCUUGGAUAUGCUAAUCUUGUUGUUGCCAUGGCAGAUAAUGACCCUAAAAGGGUGGAAGAAUGCUACAGGGACCUUGGCAUAUGCACCUUAAGCAAUUGUGAAAACGAGCAGCAGGAAUUGUUGAGGUUGGCAGAGGCAAUGUUUGACACAAAAUUACCCCCUAGACUGACGAUGCUGCAACCUUUCUCUGAGGAUUGUUUAAUUAAAAAAAUUGCUGUUCAGAUCUGAAACUCUGAAAUCUGUAAAAAAUCGACACUACUCGAUGGUGGUUCGAUGGCGCUCGAUGCCAGCUCGAUGAGACCUUCAAAAUCAUGAUUUUUCAUGAAAAAAUGACUUAGCUCGAUGGUGGUUCGAUAGUAGUUCGAUAGUGGCUCGAUGGUGCUCGAUGCCAGCUCGAUGAGACCUUCAAAAUCAUGAUUUUUCAUGAAAAAAUGACUUAGCUCGAUGGUGAUUCGAUGGUAGCUCGAUAGUGGUUCGAUAGUGCUCGAUGGUGCUCGAUGCAAUUCUUGUAAGAGACAUAAUUUUUCACUCGGGUGUCUGUUUGGGGUGAUUUUUUUUUUUAUUUUGGGUAUUUUUUCAAGAUCUACACGUUUGACAUGUUAAUAUGCACAUUUUGGAAGUGUAACACUUGUAAAAAAUAGAAAAGUGCAAACAUACCUCAUGUUUAAGACAUCUUUUGGUAUAUUUUUAAGUUUUAAACUUCCCAAAUGUGCAUAUUAACAUGUCAAACGUGUAGAUCUUGAAAAAAUACCCAAAAUAAAAAAAAAAAUCACCCCAAACGGACACCCGAGUGAAAAAUUAUGUCUCUUACAAAAAUUGCAUUGAGCACCAUCGAGUCAUUAUCGAGCUACCAUCGAACCACCAUCGAGCUAAGUCAUUUUUUCAUGAAAAUCUUGAUCUUGAAGGCCCCAGCGAAUGGUGGCUCGAUGGUGCUCGAUGAGACCUUCAAAAUCAUGAUUUUUCAUGAAAAAAUGACUUAGCUCGAUAGUGCUCGAUGCAAUUCUUGUAAGAGACAUAAUUUUUCACUCGGGUAUCCGUUUGGGGUGAUUUUUUUUUUGAUUUUGGGUAUUUUUUCAAGAUCUACACGUUUGACAUGUUAAUAUGCACAUUUAGGAAGUUUAAAACAUAAAAAUAUACCAAAAGAUGUCUUAACCAUGAGGUAUGUUUGCACUUUUGUAUUUUUUACAAGUGUUACACUUCACAAAUGUGCAUAUUAACAUGUCAAACGUGUAGAUCUUGAAAAAAUACCCAAAAUCAAAAAAAAAUCACCCCAAACGGAUACCCGAGUGAAAAAUUAUGUCUCUUACAAGAAUUGCAUCGAGCACUAUCGAACCACUAUCGAGCUACCAUCGAACCACCAUCGAGCUAAGUCAUUUUUUCAUGAAAAAUCAUGAUUUUGAAGGUCUCAUCGAGCACCAUCGAGCAAAGUCAUUUUUUCAUGAAAAAUCAUGAUUUUGAAGGUCUUAUCGAGCUGGCAUCGAGCAAUGUCGAUUUUUUGCAGAUUUCAGAGUUUCAGAUCUGAAAAAAAUCGCAAAAAAAACCCAAAAAUUA